CGUCCGCCCUUUUUUCCUCUCCCACUCCUGCUGUCCUUCCCCUGGCCUCAGUAGGUUGGUGUUGGAAUGACCCGCACGCCGAUUGGCUGCAUCUUUCCUGUGCUCCCCCACCUCCGGCCGCAGGAGGGCGCUGGCAGCCGCCUCGCGGCCGCACGCCCAUUGGCUGCAUCUUUCCUGCUCUCUCUGCCCUGCCCACUGGAGGGCGCUGGCAGCCGCACGCCGAUUGGCUGCGUCGUUCUGGUGUUCGGCGGUGAAGGGGGUGCUGGGAGCCGGCUCGGGGCCGCAAGCUGAUUGGCUGCUCCGGAAAGCUGCUGGUCGUUCGCCCCGGGGGCGUCGUAGGCGGUGUCAGCGGCUGGCGUUGCGAGUUUUCAUCCGGUGUGUGUCUUGUGGCUGUGCCAAGACACCUCCCAGAUUUCUUCUUUAACGGUAGUUCCUCUUCAUUUGGAGGAACUCACCAUCUGACUGAAAUUAAGGGCUGCAGAGAUGGCUCAGCGAGAGGGCUUGCUGCUCAAACAUAAAAGCUGAAUCCAGAUCCCAGUGGCCACCUAGACAGCUGGCACGGCCACACACAGACCUGAAACCCUGCGCUGUGGAGAAUUGAGACAGGAAGACACCAGCAUCUCAGGCAUAACAGAGAGGGGGAUGCUGGAGCCUCUUUUCUCAUCUGUAGAUUAUGUGCUGCUUGUUGAAAGUAUCGUGUUUGGAUGCUUGACGAAGGUUCUUUGAAGUCUGCUUUUGGAAUCACAGCGCAUGGAUCCCAGCAGUGACUAUCAUUUCCUCAACCACAUUUUGUGGAGAAGAGUGAAACUCACCUUGGCUUCUGGCAUCUUCGAGGGCGUGCUCCAGCAUGUGGAUCCUAACAAGAUUGUUGUCCUAAAAAAUGUGAAGAACGUAGAGACAGGCCGGAGUGUCCCAGGAGUGAAAAUGUUUUUUGGGCAUGAGAUUUUGAAUGUGGAACUAAUGGAUGAAGCAGAAGAAGGCGCAUCGGGAGAAAAGGCGUCUUCUGUUAGCGUAAAUGCAGGAAGAGCUGGAAUGGAGAAAGCGAAAGACCAAGACCUUCCUGUAUGUGAGCCUGCUUCACCUGCACCAGAGGUGCCAACCAGCUCUUUACUCAGUGACCUCAAACACUGCCCAUCUGAGGAAGAGGAGGUGACAUACACAGUCAUUGGUCAGUUCCAGCAGAAGUUCGGUGCUGCGAUGCUCCACAUCAAGAAGCAGAGUGUCUUGAGUGUGGCUGCAGAAGGAGCUAAUGUGUGUCGCCAUGGGAAACUCUGUUGGCUUCAGGUGGCCACAAACAGCCGAGUUUACUUGUUUGAUAUUUUCCUUCUGGGAAUUCGUGCUUUUAACAAUGGACUUCAGAUGAUUUUAGAAGACAAGAGAAUCUUGAAGGUUAUCCAUGAUUGUCGAUGGCUUUCGGAUUGCCUGUCUCAUCAGUAUGGAAUCAUGCUGAACAAUGUCUUUGACACACAGGUAGCAGAUGUCCUUCAGUUUUCCAUGGAAACGGGUGGUUUUCUUCCAAAUUGUAUCAGUACUUUGCAGGAGAGUUUAAUCAGACACCUUAAAGUUGCCCCUAAAUAUCUCUCCUUUUUAGAAGAGAGACAAAAGUGUAUUCAGGAAAAUCCAGAAGUAUGGUUGACAAGACCUCUUCCACCCCCUUUAUUGAAAAUCUUGGCCCUGGAAACAACCUACUUGCUUCCACUCCGCUUGGUACUCUUGGAUGAGAUGAUGUCGGACUUAACCACACUGGUGGAUGGGUACCUAAACACCUAUCGAGAAGGUUCUGCAGACCGGCUUGCAGGCACAGAGCCUGAGUGUAUGGAGCUGCCAGAGGAGCUUCUUCAGCUCAAGGACUUCCAGCAGCAGCGCCGAGAGCGAGCUGCGAAGGAGUACAGAAUGAAUGCGCAGGGCCUCCUCAUAAGGACAGUGCUGCAUCCAAAGACACCAGCUGGCCGCACUCCAGGGAAAGAGGACCCAGUCAGAGGCCUUUUAGUUUGUCAAACUGCGGACACAGACAAAGCUCCACACUUGCUAUUUCACAGAUCUUAUAAGGAUGAGAAUUUUUUGGACAGAGAAUCUAAGCAAACCACAUCAAAUUCUCAAAUUCUGCCUCCCAUGAAGGAAGGCGAAGCCAGUGAGGAUUCUGAGAACAAACCAAUGUGUCAGGAGUCAGGGGUGCCAGAAGACCUGAGAACCCAGAAGGCUCACUCCCUGACUCCCACGCAUGCGUUUCAGUCACAUUUUUCUUUGAAAGAGGAGAUAGAACAGUUGCUGAUGGUGGAAAAUAAGGGAGCUUUAAGAAGCCCAGAUGAAGACACUUUGGUGUCUCCUUCUCUCCCUCAGGAAAGCUGGGGGGCACCAAGUGACACCAAGUUCCCCCUUCCCGAGAACGCUCUGAUUUCUACACUUCCACCCUGCCCAGCGCUGGAGAAGACAGACUCAUGGAUAAGUCCAUCUCCAGAUCUGUUUUAGGAUUUAUGGUUGGCUGCUGAGUCCAUGAAGGGGACUCAUCUACCCUGCCAGCAGAGUCCGUGUGAGUCUCUCCUGGGGUAGGGUGGUUAGGUCUCAGCCACAGGCUUCUGGGAAAAUGAUGGCCUUCAGUUAGUGCUUCUUCCUGGUGUAUGGAUUAGGAUGGAAGGAAUAAGUGACAUAAUGGACCAAGUGUGAUUCUGUCAGUAUGUGCAGAAAUAUUCCCAGUAGCCUGAGUCAUCACUUCUCAUGAUUUAGGUUUCGAGGAUUUAAAGAAGUGAAGAAUGCUUCUGCCCAGGAUCUGGAAGGAUCUAGUUUAGGAAUAUUGUGAGCAGCUCCUGUGGAUGGUAGAGUUGGUGCAGCAUGCACUGGCCAUGGGUUCAGUCUGCAGCAUCACCAAAAAACAAGUUGUAUUUUUAUGUUUGUUUGGGUUUGGUUUAUUUUUUUGGCCUUUAUAGUGAAGUAAAUCUAAAAACCCUUAUUUAUAGGUUAAAAAAUGUUUAUCAUCCAACUUCACCAGUACUUUUCUCCUUAAAAUGUUACUUGAGUUGUGAAUUUUUGUCUGUUGUAUUCUAGCCUGAGAAUAAGUAAUGUCAGUAUAGGCUCAGUCUCAAUUAUCUUUAUAUUUCAUUAACCUUAAGGUUUUGUCCAUUUUCCUAACAAGGCAGAGGCGCUGGCUUCUUUGUUAUCCCCUUUGUGGAAAUGUAAAAUUUGAGUCCAUUGUAUUUGCCUAGAGCUGCUACAUUUUCUUAGAGUGAGAAAAAACCAGCUUGAGGGGCGUUUGGUGUUGAGUGUUCAGAAAUCACUCUUACUCUUCUGUGUAAAACAACCAAUAAACCUGCUUUGGCAUCAGGUCA